UCGACAAUGUUUACUUAAUUGUUUUUCAUGGACUUGGAAUUUCAAUAUAAAUAUCUUUUAAGUAAUAACUAACUAACAAAAUAAGAGAAUCAAGUUACUACUUUAGUAAAUUCCUAUCAUAAAAGGCUGCAGAUAUAAAAAUCGUAUGAAACGAGUACCAAAUAUGUUAUAAUAAAAGAUUCAAGUGAAAGCUUUGUGGGUUUUUAUUUACGAAGCGUAAAAAUCAUUAAAAUGGAUAUACCAGUGCAAAUAGCGAUCCGCCUUAAACCUCCAAGCAUUGCAGACUCUUUGCAGUGUAUAUUUAGUAAUCCAGUGACCCAAAUAGUGAUAACUGAAAGUGGCCAGACUUUUCACGUCAACAGAGCUCUACCAGUCGAUUGUACCCAAGCACAUCUGUUUAACUCAUUUAUGAUACCACAAAUUAACUGUUUUCUGGAUGGAUGUGACACAUCAGUAGUAGUUUUUGGCCAAGCAAGGACUGGAAAAACUUACACUUUAUUUGGACCAGGUUUUGAAUGCAUACAUAGUGAGUGUGACCAAGGAAUAAUUCCACGAUUCCUUACUGAUAUCUUUCACAAGCUUAGUCAAAUGCCAGAAAGAGAAUUUAUAUUACACAUUACAUGGAUGCAAGUUGUCAAUAAUAAUAUAUUUGAUGUGCUGGGAGCUGGAUUAGUUAGGUGUUGUAAUGUUGAAGAAGCGUUUCAAUAUCUACAACUAGGAUGGAGACAAAGGUGUUUAGGAAACAACCAUACAGUGUUUACAGUAAGCAUGGAACAAAAAUGGGUGGGCACAAAUGGUGUUCUUAAUCACAGAAUGUCCACAGCUAGUUUCUGUGAUCUAGCUGCAUAUCCUGAGCCUAGUCUCUUCGCUUUAGAGAACAUUAUAAAAGAAUUGGUAGCUGGAAAUCCUCCUAAGCAAAUAAACUAUGACCAGUGCAUCCUCACAGCGAUGCUGCGUGAUUCAUUUGGUGGUAGAGCAUUCACUUGGGUUAUUGGCUGCAUAAGUACAGAGCCAGAGGACUACCAAGAUACUUUAAAAAUUUUAAAUAUAUGUCUAUGUUGUAGAGGUAUCAAAAAUUUUGUUACUGUAAAUUUAUUUGCUGAUAACAACACUCCUGUGUACACAGAAAAAAGUGUUCUACCAGCUGACAACAGCUUUAACUUACAAUUUGCAACAACUCAAUGGAUAAAACUAGUCUCGAAUGCAGAGGGAUUGUUCAAUAAGAUAUUACAAUCAAAGUCUUUAUCAGAGACGGAUAUGAAUCAAGUUAGUGAGUGGUUGUUUUUAAAAGCUGAAUGUGAUGAGUGUUUAAAUGGAGAUAUUGGUGGUGAUAAUAAAGAUGUUGCUACAAAACAAGGGUUACCAAGAAUAGCAGAGGAUACUGAGCCAAGUGAACCAAGUGAGUCUGAUGAUGAAUCAGAUUCGGAAGACAGUCAUUCAGAAACAGUAUUUCAGGAUAAGGUUGAGAAAUAUAUGGAUUACUUUAGAGAAAAAAAUGAUCAGCUGUUUGCUGAAAGAUGUGAAGAAUAUUUAAAUCAUAUUGAUUCAGAUGAUAUUACUAUUUCGGAGACCAGUGGUUCACAAUCUCUGCCAAUAAUGACAUCACAGUCAAAUUCAGGACGGAGAAGAACAAUCCAGCCAGGUGAGAGCUUAUCUGGAGCGGAACUAGAGUUGUUAAGGAAAGUAGCAGCUAAAGCUAUAUCACCAGAAUCUCAAAAAAUAAUUAUAGAAUCUCAUAAAAAAGAUGUAGAUCCGGAACCAAAAUUGAUAGAAAGGGAACUCCUUAAAAUGAUUGAUUCUCCAAAGACUGCUGAAUUAUGUAAGAAGUAUAAAAUGACAAAAGAAAAAUAUGCUCAGAAACAAAUUUUAGCAAGGAAAAUUUCAAAGGAAAUAAGUAGUAGUCAGACACAACUUAAGGAGUUGAUUAAUCUUUGUAUUGCCAAAGAAAGAUUGAUUAAUGAUUUAACAAAGGCAAUAUGUAUUAAUAAUCCAAAUAAAAUUUACACAGAUAAAUUUGAAUGUAGAUUAGGUGAUCAAGAUGCUAUCAAAGAGAUAAAAAGACACGAAACAAACCUGAAAACAUAUAAGAAACAAAUUGACCAAAUCAAAAGACAAAUUAAGAAAGACGAAAAAAGAAGAAAUACUUUAGAUGUAGAACUAGUUAAAGAUAAACUAAAAUUAGAUGAAUUAUCAGAAACUUCUGUUGACAUGAAAGACAAAAAAGCACAUACAUUAAAACAUUUCACAAAUAGAAUAACACAGUUAGAUAGUAUUUUAAAAGAAAAGACCCAGGAUUUGGCAAAUUUAGAAUUAUCUAAAGAUAAGGAGCUUUUACUUAGGAAGGAAAUCAAAAAUUUACGUAAAACAAGGGAAUGUUUACAUGAACAGAGAUGUAGUUUGGGACAUAAGAGGAAAAUAUACAAGUCUUUAUCUGACUCUGAGGAAAGAAAAAUACUUGAGUGUGAAGAAGCUAUAGAAGCAAUAGAUACAGCGAUAGAAUAUAAAAAUAAUUUAAUCUGUGGCAAAUCGCCGGCUGCUUCGCUGUCAGAUUCACAGGAGAACAAAGAGUCACGGACUCGAGGUGAACAGAUGCUGAUGGCCAGGCUGGACAAGCUGUCUCAUGACGAAAUGAAGUCAUUACUCUAUAGGUAUUUUGAAAAGGUGGUAGACUUGCGCGGCGCGUGCGCAGCGCUGGAGGCGGGCGCGGCGGCGGCUGCGGCGGAG